GGACGUCAUUACGUACAGCGGGACGUCUCGGAGAAGAUAAACAAAAAGAAAGGAAGCCUUCGGCCACACAAUCGCGGCAAAAUUGGUUCAAAAUUGAGGCUGCAAGCUACAGUUAGCGGCUACAUGUGCCCUUUAGUUGCUUAGUUAACUACCAGUAGGCGUUCACAGUCAUGGACGAGGCGAUAGUUUUUCGUAUGAGUGCAUUUUCCGAGCAAGGAGGGAGGAAAUACAUGGAGGAUGUUGUCGAGAUAAGAAUCGAGUACGAGCCGACGGCGUCGCCAGUCGAAGAUUAUCCAAAGUCGCAGAGACAUGGAGGACAGGGGAAAGCGGAGAGUGAAUCUGACAAACAGACUGAAACACACGAGACACAUGAGCAUGACGUCGCUGCCGAGUCUGGUCCAGCUUCUGCAGUGUGGGUGGAGAGUCUAUCAAACGAGGACAGCGGCAAACACAGCGCACCGGCAUCCGACGACACGGUCGCAGAGCAUGUAGUCGACACUCGCAAGUCGGUGGCGUUUUUCGCCGUUUUUGACGGUCACGGGGGGCGGGAGGCUGCGCACUUCGCCCAGGAACAUCUGUGGGAUUUGUUGAAGAGGCAGCGGGGCUUUUGGUCGAAGGACCACAGUGAAGUGUGCGCCGCUCUUCGGAAAGGGUUCAUCGCCUGUCAUCAUGCGAUGUGGAAAGAGCUAUCCGAGUGGCCAAAGACCAUUACUGGCCUGCCCAGUACAUCAGGCACCACGGCCAGUGUGAUUGUCAUCCGUGGAGCUCACAUGUAUGUUGCCCAUGUAGGGGACUCGGCAGUAGUGGUGGGAGUGAAAGAAAAUGACUCUGAUAUCACACUCCAGGCACUUGAAGUAACACAAGACCAUAAACCUGAACUUCCCAAAGAGAAGGAAAGGAUUGAACGACUGGGUGGCAGUGUAAUGAAGAAAUCUGGGGUGAACCGUGUUGUGUGGAAGAGGCCCAGACUGACCCAUAACGGCCCCGUGAGGAGGAGUACGGUCAUCGACCAGAUCCCCUUCCUGGCUGUGGCCCGAUCCCUUGGUGAUCUCUGGAGCUAUGAUUUCUACAGUGGGGAGUUUGUGGUUUCUCCAGAGCCUGACACCACUGUGAUGACCCUUGACCCCAAGCGGCAUCGCUACAUCAUCCUCGGCAGCGAUGGACUAUGGAACAUGAUGCCACCCAAGAAUGCUGUUAAUAUGUGUUACAGCCAUGACAAAAUGGUGGGGCCCAAAGGAAUGUCUUGUGCUCGGCGGCUGGGAUGCACAGCGCUGCUGUUUUGGAAAGAACGCAUGCUCCGUGCAGACAACACCACAGUUAUCGUCCUGGCGCUGCAGGAGCGCGGUGGACCACCCAUCCCUAUGCAUCGGGAUGAGAUUGUUGUUGACAUGGCUACUGGAAUUGACCAUGUACCAUUCCCAGGAACUCCUUAUAACACAUGUGAGGUCCCGAAGCGGAGUGAUGCAGUGAAUGCCCCCUCCCCCUUCAGAGAGACGUCCUCGUCUCUGGAGCAGACCUUUGGGCUGUAUGAAGCAGCUUUCUGUGCCACGGCACAGCUCUUACCUGAUGUGGACUCUGUGCGGGCCACACUGCCCCCCUCAGACGGUUCAGAGAAAGUUUUCGAAAAGCAAGACUCAACAGCCCAAAUGGACUGUGGUACUUCCGCUCCUCCGUUAAAAAGGUCUCGCCGUUCUCCGCACACACCGCCUGGACUCCAAGGUCCUCACCGUCGGCUCGGCCGCUCCCCCAAUAAAAGUUUGGCCCAGAAGACGCCUCACAGCAAAGCAUCAAGUGAGUCAUCCCAUCAGAGCCGUGCUCAGAAAAGAGAAAGAAGCUCUUCUGAGGAACGCAGGAUCCUCAACCAGCACCACAAGGCCGCCCUGUGUGUGUGCUGAGUCCUGUCUUAUAAAAAGUGUUUCUUCCUUCAGACUAGAAGAAUAAUCUGCAUCAUGUCAGCGUUGCUCAUGUGCUAGGUGUGCCACAGGCCUGUUCCUAGAUGUAUACUUUUAUACAAAGUCUUUGUUUUUGUAAAUAUGUGAGAAAUUUGAGAUUGUAAAUGUGUUGAUGUUUUAACCUUUUCCCCUUGCUCUUCUUCCUGCCCCUCCCCCUUUAAAUUUUACUGUUUGGAAAUUUAAAAUUUCAAUUUUAGAUUUGUUCAAUCUACACAAUCUAUUUUCAUACUUAGAAGUAUGUACAGUAUAUCCAAAAUAUGUAUUUUAAAGAAGACGGAUCACUACAAUCUGACGUAAAAUCAGUUCACAUGAAUUGUGACGAUUUUCCAGUCAAGAUUUUUAUGAAAUGAAUCAACUAUUUUAGAUUGUUUCGACCUGUCGGAUGAUACAACACGUCAGUCUUUCCUUGAUUGGGGUUAAUGACUCAGAUCUUUGCUCUAAGAUGAAAUAUGCUACUGUUGUUGAUGGUUAGUUUUCAUCUUACAUUGUCCAGUUGGUGGUUAAUAGUGUAGGCUGCAUUGAAUGGAGAGAAAGUGACGAGCAAUGGUCUGAGGGAACUCUGCGGGUACUGAUUAUAAGUUUGUAUUAUUUGUUUUGUGGCUAAUUAUGUGUCAUCAAUUGUUACUGAGCUAAUUGGUGAAUCUUAUGCAUAACUUAUGAAACAGUGUUAAAGGGUCAGUUCACCCAAAUUAGAAAAAACACACUACAGUCUCUCUUUGAGUGAACCAGCCCUUUAAUGAUUCUUUCUUUAAUGGAUUGUCAUUGUUUUAUUUCAAGCACCUCAGUUUAUCACCUGAGUCCCUGGGCCUUUGUAGACGUACACGUGUUUAAACAGUGGAGGCAGGAGUACAGGCUGCUGGCUGCGUGGACUGUCUACGUACUGUAGAAACCAGGAUUAAUACCUGUAUCAGUGGCAGGUGGAUUGGAGUCUGCUCUGACCUUGAUGUUAUUUGUAUAGUUCAUUCCAAGUGUCCAUGAGACACUGUCACAGUUUGUGUCUUCCACUUUAUUCUCGUACGGUUUGCCUCUGUAACUUGUUUAAAUCCUCAUGGUAUGUUUAUUGAAUACAGUAAGUGCCCGAUUCUUGGUUUAUAGUAAAUGAUCAAAUUGAUAAGAGUUCUAACUUAUGUUGAUAUGGCAGCUCACUUACUGUUCUUGCUGAUUUGUUUGCCUUAUUUUUACAUUAAAGUGUCAUGAUUGCCUUAGCACAUGAGUCAGAGGUGCUUUUCCACACGUUUUUACAUGUUCGGGACCCAGACAGGUGAGAAUCUCCAGGAGGUGUCGAUGUAAGAGUGGCCGAGCCUCAACCGUUCAUCAUGCACCGUCAGCUCUACACCGGCGUCAUUUUCCCCAUUCACACUGCAGCACACUGAACCUGCGACAUGUGGUUGAUGUUUUCCAACAGCAGUCUGUUCGUUUUUGUACAGUACGUCAAUAUGCAAUAGGAGUUUGUACAGUAUAUUAUUAUGCAAAGUAAUUGUUUUUCAGGAGUCUGGCAUGUUCAGAUCUACUCUGUAUGUUGUGAAGUGUCCAGAGUUAAUGGAUAUUAAUGAGCAUGUGGUGUGUUUUGACAAUUACAAUACUUGUGUCUGGCUUCAUAUCCACUGCAGCCAGUUUUCAGGUCUAACUAUAUACGUUACAUGCUUUGAAAGUGACUGGAUAUAUAGUGUCUAUGUGUUGUAAUAAAGUUCCCAUUUUCCACUCUG